AUGUUUUAGGGGAAAAUGCGGUCGCUAUGGACGCUCACGGUGUUCUUGGGAGGCCUCUGGAUCGCGUCUUUGCUCUACGGCGAGCUCCUCGCGUUUUGGAUCCCCCGGUGGAGCUGCUCCUGGCCGAAUCUAGAGCAGAAAUUUGCGAGCACGAAAUUACCGCCGGGAGAGAGGCCGCUGAGAAUCGUCCUCAUUGCCGAUCCACAGCUGACCGACAGGACAUCGUAUGGAAUGGAUCCUCGCUCGCUCCUGCUGAAGAUCAUCCAGUUCUACUCCGAUAUCUACAUGAGACGGGCAUUUCGAUCGUCUGUGCUCGGUCUAGAACCAGAUGAGAUACUUUUCUUGGGAGAUUACUUCGAUGGAGGACCUUACCUCGCGGAUGACGAGUGGGAGGAGUCUUGGAAACGUUUCGAGCAUAUCUUUGAUCAGACCCAAAGAGGUUUGAAGUCGAGGAAGAAAAUUCCCACGUAUUAUUUGUGUGGAAACCACGACUUGGGAUAUCAUGAGGUGUUCUCUCAGAAACCACAGAUAGCACAGAGGUACCAGAAGAAGUUCGGUGAAACCGAUUUCAUUCACAACAUUGGUAGCUUGGACUUCGUGUUUGUGAACUCGCAAGCUCUUGAUGGUUCAAGAGCGGACCCUUUCACAAAUGCUUCUUGGAGUUUUGUUGAGAAAGUCGCAAGCUCGGACCGUGCAGCUAGGCCUAUGGUUCUGAUGACACAUAUACCAUUGUUUAGACCAGACAACACACCCUGCGGAUCCGAUCGAGCGUCCGAAGUUAUUAAUCAGAGACUGAGAAGGACGAACUGGUCACCCGGAAGGGUAACAUAUCAAAACUACUUGACGGAUGGAACGAGUCAGAAGCUCCUCAACUUGACGAAACCUGUUAUGGUGUUCUCGGGUCAUGACCAUGACCAGUGCAAGACUGUUCAUGCCACUCCCGAAGGGUUUUAUCCAGAGUACACAGUGGGAACGUUCAGCUGGCAACAAGGAAAUAUAUAUCCCUCCUUCAUGAUGCUUUCUGUGCCUCGAAGCUCAUCGGCAAUGACAGACACAAUCAUCUCGGAGAGGCUUUGUUUCCUUCCGGCUCAAGAUUUCAACUAUGCAUGGUAUGGUGUCCUGUUCGUGAUAUCUGUACUCGCUCUGUUCUUCUGGCCCAGCCAGGGAAUAGAUCUGUGGCAGUCAUUUCGUAGCCUCUACGACGCACUCAAGGCCGGCUCUGAAGGUGUCAAAGCCAAGGACGAAGACGCAGAGUGGGAGAUGCUCUGGGACGCGGAAGGUGGCAUGCAUCUCGUAAAGAAAAGCCUCCCACAAACUAGCGUCUCUUCAUCUCAAGGCUCCGAGCGAAGAGGAAACGUCAUCCAACGAGCAACAGCAAAGUCGAAGGCCUCCACCGUCCCGGACGAAGUUACCGACACUGAUACAAGCAGCAAUCUUUCUCCGAGCAGCAGGAAUAGAUUUCGGCGAAGACUCGUCCAAAUGGUCGGGCCAUUGACGGUUCUCGCCACAGUGAACUUUUCUCUCUACAUGAUGCUGGUGAUGAAAGACUGGACGUAACACUUUGCUUCUCUCUGAUCCAGUGCUUCCAAUUUGAUCGCUUAUUUCGACUAAGUGAUCGAUGGCCUCGUUUUAAGCUUGUUUCCGCUGUAUGGAUUGCUUGA